UGCCACGUAGGCGCCAAAACUACAUUUUUUUUUUCAACUUCUUUUCCCGGCACUAGUUCCUCACUGAUUUCUGUUCCCUGAUCCAAUCUUCAUCCAAGUACAGGCUAGUGUUUUUUAUUUUACCCAAUCCCUGAAAUCUGAGAACAAAUGAAAGGAAUUAGAUCAAAAUGAAGAGAAGAUCUCACGAAAUUAAUCCCGAAGAUCCGUCUCCAAUCCGAAUUUCAUCUCAUGCAGCUCAGCCCAAAGUUAGGAUCCCUGUAAACGUAUCCGAUUCCCGAUCAAAUCGAGGUGAUGACCCUAAAACUUCCGAGUUUGCGUUUUUCACGAAACUGAAGAAAGACGCGGGCAAAAGAUUUGAUUCACAUUCAAUGCAGAGGGUCAAAAACCCUACACACAAGGUGAAUUCCAGCGAAUGUUGUAGAGGAGUAGGUAGGUUUAAGUCAGGGGGGACCAGAAUAGUUAGGAACAUAUCUAAAUCCUCUGAGGGGACUAACAUUGCUAAGUCCCCAUUGUCUGUCCCAAAGGCUAGCCCUGAGCUGGAAUCAUUGUUGUCUAUUGAAAAAAUCAACUCUAAGGACUCAAGAUCACCGUUUCCUAUUAACAAUGUGACAGAUAUCAACUUGGAUCCAUCCCCCUCACUGGUUGAGAGAGCAGUGAAUAACUUGGAGGUCAAUUUAAAGAAUACCUUUGCAGAGGUUGAGCCUAUAUUCAGCUUAGAAGAUUGGUUAGAGCAUCAUAGUGACAACAAGAAACCAGGAGGGUCUUGUUCUGAUCAAACAGAGUUAUUUUCUAGAAAGAGACAGAAACUGCUUCAAUGGGCUUGUAACUCAUUUCCUGAGAUAGAGGAACUCCAUUCCAAAGGGUUAGCCUUGUCAUUAUUAAAAGUUAAUUUUAUUUUCGCAAUUCAUAUCGUGCACUGUGUAGAUGUUAUCUCAGGUAUGAUGUCAUUUCAACGCUGCUUAGUCUGCUUUUUCCUAGGAGUAAUGAGAAGAAUGGUUACAGAAGUGCUGAGUCUGCACCGUUGGAGAGCAAUACCAAAUCUGAGUUAUUUCCCUGCCCUAAGUCCGAUGUUCCUUCCACUAAACUUGAUAGGUUUCCAACAAAGAAGAUAUUAGAAGUUCAAGAUACACUGUCAUACUUGGAAAAUGGUACAUCAUCUUAUUGGCCAGACAUAUCGAGAGACGCCAUCAUCUCUAAUAUUGAGUCAACAACCUAUAACAAUCACAGCGCUCUUCAAAAGAAUUUGGAGUUACCUACCUGCAAACUAAGAGAGAAAAAUCUGACCUCCAUUGACAGUGAUUCCACUUUAGGCUUUCCAUUUGUGAAACAUGGAUCUUUUCUACCGUUUAUUUCUUCCAAAGAUCCAGAUGUUUUGCUCGACCCAAAUGGAUCUUUACCUGUGAGAGAGAAUCUGUUGCCACUGCUUGAAUGGGAUUCCUCAUAUGGUACAUCAUCUUACUGGUCAGACAGAUCAACGGAGGCUAUGCACUCUAAUAUCUACUCCACCAUAUAACAAUGACUGCACCCUUCAAAAUAAUUUAGAGUCACCUAGCUUUGAAUUAAGAGAGAAAAAUCUCAUCUCCUUCAUUGAAGGUGACUCCAGUUUUGUCUUUCCAUUGGUGAGACAUGGAUCGUUUCUACCAUUUAGUUCUUUCAAAGAGCCUGAUGAUUUGCAUGAUACAAAUUGGACCGUAGUUCCUGCAUUACAAUGUUCAUGGGAUCAUCACCAAAGUCUAAAUAUUCCAUUUAGUACUUUCAAAAACUUAGAUGAUUCACAUGAUCCAGUUGGAUCUUCUCCAGGAAGAGUGACACAAUUACCGCUGCUUGAGUGGCAUUCUAUAGACGUGAAUGAAAGUAGCUUAUCAUCUACAGGUCUGAAUACAAAUUGGACCUUGAUUCCUGCUGUACAAAAUUCAUGGAACCAUUGGCAAAGUCGAAAUAACUGGUGUGAAUCAUUUGGUACUCUUGGGUUGUGUUCAGCACCUGUAAUAGGAAAUUAUCCCCGAGAUUUUCAUGCAUUAGUGUCUCCCACCAGUGCCAGUUAUGACAAACAUGCGUUUGGGAGAUCUAUUUCUGACACAGAGGAAGAAAUAAUUGCAGAUCUGCAACAUUUUCCUUUGACCUUAUCUCAUUCGUCAAAUCGCCUUAAUCUCAUUGCAGACAACAAUAAUUAUGAAAUUGCAUGUCAAGGCAGUGAGACAAGUGACAUUCUCCCAUCUCCGGAAAAUCACCUUGGCUUCAUGAGCAAUGCUUUGGUUGAAGAGAAUAAUACUCCUGGUUUUGGAAAUCAGCUUUCCUUUGCUUUUAAUGUACAAUGGAAAUCUUACAAUCAAGUGGUUUAAGAAGAUAGUGAUGCUCAUUUACUUGCAAUGACAUUAAUGUACAAUGGGAAUUCUAUAUUGAACUUUCUUAGUGAAUAUGAAUCUGAGCGUUCCUCGGGUGGUUCAGAUUAUAGAAGCCUUAUUAACUGCAAUGAAGAUAUGGUAGACAUCGAUGACCAGCAAUCUUUCUAUUUCCAAAUAUCUCGGGACAAAGAUCAGAUGUUCACAGGCUUUUGAAGCGUAAACAAUACUGCAGUCUUUCACUCUUCGGCCAACAAACACAGACUAGCUAAAAUUGUGUAGUGAAUUUACACCGUAUUAAAGAUUUAGGUGGAUGGAGUUUCUAUAGUCAUCUUACAGUAAUACAUGGUCGCAUACCAAGAAAAGUAUUGAAGUAAUUACAUGUGACCCAGGUAUCAAUGCCAUGGUUAAAUCUUGCUCCAACUACAUGGCCAUAUUCAUCCGUUUCAGAAAAUGCAGGUCGCAGACAACCGUAAGAGUAAACUCGGAAUCUGGCACCAUAAUUGUGGCAGUUUCUUCUGUUGAUUGCUCGGGAGCAUGCGGUAGGGAACUGUGUGGUUAUUAAUGAUGGCUUGAACAUCAUCACAUGUGAUAUAUUUUGAGGGAGAGAGACAGAGCAUUGAUGAAUCUUAAUUCUUAGCAGCUGAGCUAGUCUGGUACAUUAUUAAAUGUGGCACGGCAGCAACUGGUAGUACGAAUUUUGUUAGAAAUUCCGUUUCCCGUUAUUUGCUCAUUAACUCUGCAGAGUAUUUUAAAAAAAAAAACUUUUUCUAGGUACACUACCCACGGUUUUUUUCCACGUAG